GUAAAUUGAGAAUCAUAGUAAUAACUUAUCCAGACAUAGACAUAGAUUUUAAUGUAGUAAAUAAUGAUAUUACAAAAUUUAUAAAAGUAAAGUGAAUAAAUUGUAUAUAUCAUACUUUAAAUUUGUAUGUAUUUUGGCAUUUUUAACGGAAAAUCAUUAAAAUGAUAAUACCUAUUAAACGUGAUCAAGAUGUACAAGAGUGGGCUAUAGUGGAAUUAAAAGGUGAAUUAUCGUUUGGUACAAAAGAUAUUACAAAUAGUCAUUACAUUGGUGAUUUUCAUUUUACAAAAUCUGGAACACCAAUGCUUAUAAUUGGUAUUCAUGUAAUGUAUGGAAAAGAGAUGGCUCUUACUAAACCUAUUGCAGUUUUAAAAAAAAAAGUUGUCUCUUCAACUAAUCAGUCAAAAGAAGAAGAUUGUAAAACUGAAUAUACUAUUCAAGCAAUUGUAAAUAAGAAAAUUGUUUUUAAAUUUAGACCCAAGCCUAUUGUAAAUAGCAUAGAAGUAUAAAAGAAUGUUUUGAAAAUGGUCAUGUUUAAAAAAAUGUUUAGGACAUUAAAUUAUUGUGUAUUUACAUAUUUUAUAAAAAUAUUGUUUUUACAUGGCCUAUUAACUCAUUAUACUUGACAUCAUUCUAUAAGGUUGUACAGACUUAUAUUUAUUUAUUUUAUAAUUUAAACAAGCAAUUAAAAAUACAAAAAUCUUAUAAAUGUAAA